UCCGGUGGUGUUAGCGCAUGCGCACUGGUGCUCCAUUUCAUCAAGCAAAGGCCAUGUGUAAUGGUUUUUGGACUCGUUUCUGCCGUCCGUUGCCCUUCUGGCUGGAGAAGUAACGAUGAAGCCGUUUCUCAUUGGGGCCGUAGGAGUUUGAGUUCGUGGUGUCAUGGCGACGGCGGCUGGAUAUGUGGUUGUUCCUCUAGGCUGGGAGCGAGACGUGCUUGACGGCAGAGUCAUCUACAAGAGCCCAGAUCUAAAAACCCUCACAAACAGGGAAGAAUUGCUCCUCUAUCUCACCUCCGACGGAACCUGCAAAUGCGGGCUCCGCUGUCCGUUUCAACUCGAGGACCAGUUCAAUUUCGACCCUCUCGUCCUGGGGCUCCCGGAUAACGGAGUUCCCAGCAUUGCUCAGGCUUCGUGUAGAGUCGGCCACGCCCUCCGGACCAACGCCACAUCUCCCGCUAGUGUCGGGGCGGUGUCUGGAGGAUGGAGAGUUCCUCAGAGGAUGGGGAAACCCCGGAAUUCUCGCCCGAGUAGACACUCCACACGACGUAGUGGCGAAAAUAUCGGUUCUCUAUCGGUGAGAUCGCUCGGUACACGGAUGGUUACCUCGAUUGACGCAGCAGUUUCUCCCGCAAACCAACUGUCGAUUUCUUCAAACUGUCAGGAGGUAAAAGACGGAGGAGAAGGUGGGGGAGGAGUUUCCGAAGACGGAGUCAAGAAAAUGGAGCUCGAUUCGCCAACAAAAUUGGUCCAGAGUAUCCCCGAGAUGAGCGUUAGGGGUUUGUUGUCACGGCUACCGGGAAGCCACUCCCCUUCCCCGCAGCAAACGAGGCAGAGUGACGAUCGGAAUUUGUCAGAGGAAAGACAGGGCGUUGCAAAGAUGGCGGCUCUACGGUUGAUGCAGUCACAGAAGGAGGCGAAACAGAGCGAAAAGAGCUCUCCAACUCUGUCGGCCGUUUUGACUGGCUGCAGUCAGAAUGACAUUGUUGGAGAGGAGAAGAAAGAAGGAGAUGGAAACAAGGGAGGAAGCGAAGACGUAGCGAAGGAGAGAAAAAAGUUAGAGUGUGAACUCACCAUUUCCAUAAAACUCAACGGUCAUGAGGAAAGUAAGGAUGCAACGCCAGUAAAUGCAGAUGGUUUAACCGGGAAGGAAGUAAAUCCCACGGAAUCAGAGUCAGGGAAUCGGAGUACGGGGGAUCGGGGUAUGGGGGAUCGGGGUAUGGAACUCGGUGCGCCCUCUGGGUCUACUGAGACAAGAUCAGACAGGGGAUCAGAAUCAGCUACACUUGAUAUCAGCUCUACCACCACGCCAUUCUCAGAAUCAGCUCAACUUGAUCCUACCUGCACUACUAACACUGCUCAGCCUCGUAUCGAAUCAACCAUAUCUGAAACAGAUCGGCCUGUUGCCAACGUUACCGCCGCUGAACUGUUGCUCACAGGCGAUGUGUCUCACUCUCAACCAAAUGGAACCACAGAAUCAACUCGGAAUUCUCCGACCUUCCUCCAAGUCAACUCCACUACAACGACCGUACAAUCUUCCCCCCUUCAGCCCUAUGAAGUGCCCAACACACUCUCUGUCGCCAGCUCACCUGAUACAAUACUGCAGCCGCUGCACCCUACUCCCCUCACUCCCCCUCCCUCCGCCCACGUUCCCUCACAAACCAGUUUAACCGGUUCGGAGCCAGCCAUUGCGGGCGAUUUUGAGUGCGCCUCACUUCAGGAAGGCAUUUUCCCCCAAACACCUCCCCGUGUUCCUGAAGAUGUUCCGGUGACCAACUUUUCUGAGGCAUCGUCGAUACUGCACGAGGAUUGUCAGACUCGCAACGUGUCGUUGAACUAUGACCCCUCUUUGUUCGGAGUGGGUGUGGCUUCUGCUGUCGAGGGAGCGAGGGAAGAGGAUGUAGGUCUGAUUCUCGCUGAGUCGUGUGCAAUAAUCGAAAGCAGUUCCUUCGAUUUUGCCCCAAGUGAGUGUCUAGUUGUGAGCGUUCCAGAUAAGGCCCACCCUCUGGGGGCUGUUCCAGAUAAUGCGCAUCAUGUGUCUGACAACUCGUCGCUUGGUGGCACGAGGGUGCCUGUGUUUGAGUCCCAUUCCCAUUCCAAUGGCUCUGAGUGGUUCCAGAAUGGGACCGAGACCUUGCCGACUGUCGUACACAUUCGAGAGGCUCUCGCUGUGAAACAAAAUGGGUGUGGUCACAUAGACGAAGGGGGUGUGGUUUUAGACGUACAUUUUCCUCAGAAAACGGUGCUAGUUGCCCACGAGAAUAGAGUUUACUCCGACCGUGACUCCACUCCGUUGCCUGUACCCCAAACGAAACUACCCCGACCCCUUCAAUCACUGUCACUCCAACUUGUCCCAUCUGCCCUUGACACGCCCACCUCUCUGGUUGCUCCCGACGACGACGGGUGUUCCCCUCCAAUCAGCGAACUCUCCUCCCUCACGCCGGACUCUGCCCACUUUGGUCCGAGUGGCACCAGCAGUUCGUCGAUGGUUCUAGUGAGCCCGCUUUCCUCGCCAGUCCCCCUCCCCUCUCUCCCCGGACCUCGCUGGACUCCGCAACGAUGCGAGGUAACUCUGAGAGAGUGCCGCGUGAAUCUCAGACCGCUCGGUAAGGAAUGGACACCCAGCAAGAAAACUGCUAUCACGGAGAGCGAGACUUUGCUGCCGAACCGAGAGGAAGAGAAAGAGGCGGAGAAGGGGGAAGGAGAGGUUGGGAGAGGGGAGGAGAAAAAGAAGGAGGGAGAGAGUGAGCUGGAGGUGGAGGUGAACAAGAGGACGAGGGGAGAGGUUGAGGAAGGACCUGGUCUGGUACCAAAGAGACUCAGGUUCACAGUAAGGGAGCAGGACAGAGAAAAAGGGGAUGGAAUAAUUCCGGAUUCUGUCCCGUUUCAACCCGUUGACCGAUCGGUUGUGGAAAAUCACCAGCCUCCAGUUUUUCCCGAUCUUGAAAUUGCGCAGCCCAAAAUCACCAACAUUCCAAGUCCUGCAGAAGAGAACUAUUCAGAACAAACUAAUACUGACAAAUCUCUUACUGCAAAAGAGGAACACGUGAAUGGAAAAAAUAUCACAGUUUCCCUAGCUGUGGAGGCAGUAAACUUUUCGCUCCCUUCUGAGCCUGGAAGUGAAGGGUUAAACGGAGAAAGCGAGUGUUUAAAUGGAGGAGGAGAGGGGUUAAAUGGAAGUAGCGAGAGUUUUAACGAAGGUGGUAAGGGGUUAACUGGAGGGAGUGAGGGGGUAAACGACGGAGCUUGCGCAGGUGUCAAACAAGCAGACCAAAGAGAAGUGGAAGGCGAGAUUGAUGAAGGACUUACUCUGGAAGAAACAAGGCCCGUCUCAGUGGAACAUUUCAAUACAGUGGAACCUGACGUGCAGAAUAAUAGUGUGGAGCCUUCUCCACUGCCCAGUCCCCCAGCUGUAAUGGAGGUGAAUGAAGUGAACGCUGAGCCUGAAAACUCUCCCUUGGUCCGUACGAACUAUUCGACCGUCACCACCACAGAGAGCAUGGAAAGCAGAGACUUUGAGUUGGAUGAAGAGGGCAGUGCAGAAAGUAUGGAGAGAAACGAUGUGGAUUUUGGUGAAAGGGGCAGUGCAGUGACUAUUGAAGGCAAGGAGCAAAGCCGUGAUGAAAGAGGCAGUCCAGAGCGUAUGCUCAGCAGAGAGAGAGAGCUUGGCAAAGUAUUUGGUGGAGGGGUGGUGGAAGACCCUGCUCACAAGAUUCCUGAACUUGGAGGAGGCAUUGGUGGUGGAGAAGAAGAAGGAGGAGGAAGAGGGAUUGAUGUUGACACAGAGAAGGCGGGAAGAGACGGGAGAGAGGGGGGAGGAGAGGGAGAGGAAAGACAGGUGCAUGGACAGCAAUUUGAGGGGGUGGAACACAAUAUGGUGGAGAAUGAAGAAAAGGCGGAGAUUGAACCAAAUGUGAUGAAGGAGAAGGGAGGACAGAUGGAAGGGGUGAGAGAGACGGAAGAAGAGUUUGGACUUCUUCAUCUCUUGGCACAGGUUGCAGUUGACUCUUCGCCUGAAGUCGACGAACACACUCGUCCAAUGAAGACCAAGCAGCUGACAAACCAGUGGUAAAAAACUCGGAUGAAGUCUCACAGAACGCUGCGGAAAAUAUCUCCACUCAACCUAUCAUGAAACCGGAGAACCAACUGAAACGUGCGUGGAGGAAGAGAAGAAAUGCAGGUCACGAAUCGGACGGCUCCUCUUUUCUUGCAGUUACGGGAACCAGAAGAGGGAUGGAGGGAGGAGGAGCGAGGCGGAGAAUUCGUGUGUGGAGAUCGACACGCAGCGGUCGAGGUAGGCGAGCCACGAGUAGAGCUCUAGCGAAGGAGAACCACGGGAGAUUGGUCGGAGACACUAAAGUUUCCCUGGUGAGCGGAACGGAAGAGAGAGGCGAGGUAGACGUGAUGGAAGUGUCGUGUGAGAGAGAUGGUAAUAGUUUAGAGCCAGCGUUGCUAGACGUUUCACACAACGGUUACUUACCGCAGUGUGGAGGCAAAAGAUGGUGAAAUAGUUGUGGUCGGCAGUGACAAGGCUGCCAGCAUUAACACCGAGUCGGCUGAACAGAAUUGUAAAUAUGAAACCACUGGAUUGGAAUAUGGGACUGCAGCAAGCAAGGACGGUGCUAAAGAGGGUAAUUUGGCAGAGGACGGGACCAAAGAAUCAUCAACAAAUGAAAUUCCAACUCCCAUGAAAGAGAAAGAAGAAACGAUACGUGGUGACCAAACUGUUAACACUAGUCGUUUGGAAAAGUUUGAAAUUCCAACCCAGCCACAAGUUGACCAACCAGGCAUCAGUACGGAGCCACCUCAGGAUGCUGAUGCUGUAGUAACCACCACAUUGGAUCCGCACUCGCCCCCUAGUGUGACACCUGAUACAGCUGUGGGGUCAGAGUACAGCGCCCAGUCAUGUGACGUACUAAAUACCACUAGGAAUGCCGUUGGUGAGAAAUUUGCUCUGCCCACCAUUGAUAGCGGGUCACAUGACACAGGUAAAAGAUCACAUGACAUGUUUGUCGAAGAAAACGAUACUACAGGGGCUAAGAAGGAUUUGGCGACAAAGAGA